UCCGUGGAGACAUACAUGCAGCACGUUUCAUCAUGACUGUCUACAGCAUAGAUCAAACGUUCAUCUGUCUUCUUAUUCUUGCGACGACAGGAGCGGAGGUGCAGGAAAGCCUUUCACCGGAGUGUAAGCAGUUCCUGUAUAUGGGGACGCUGCCUCGAGGGCUUGAGCAGCACUCAUUUAAAAUGAUUUGUCAGUUCUAUGAGGGCAAGGCGCGAUUUAUUACCCUCUACGACACCUUCAACCACAUCCCUGUUUAUUCUGCGUACACCUUCAAGCGGUCGGAUGGUUCUAAGAAAGUUGAUGUGCCUUGGAUGUAUGAGCCACAGCUCUCUACGGUGUCUGGCUCAAGAGAGAUGCAGCAGUUCCCUUCAGAAUAUGUUCAUAAGAACUUUGAGGAUGCUCAGGCUGUGCUGGACGACUACUCCGACACUGUGAUGUUCGAACGGGGUCAGCUGAAUCCAGACGAGCACCAGGCCAACCCCAGUGACAAAGCAGCCACCUACACUCUGACAAACGUGGUUCCUCAGGUCAGAGAAUUCAACAUCGGUCCCUGGAAAGACCAUGAGAACACCAUCCGCAGGCGGCUCAACAACUACUGCCGCGGCACGGCUUUCGUGGUCACUGGGGUCACCACCUCGGGGCACACCAUCCGCCGCCAGAACAUCAACCGCCUGGCCGUCCCCACGUACCUCUGGUCGGCCUACUGUUGCGUCGAUUUUGACCACAACGCCCCGUACUCUGAGCGCUCAAAGUUCCCUGUGUUUGCAGCUCAUGGGCUUAACGACAGGGACGGCGACAGAGUUCAAGAAAUGACGGUGAAGCAGCUGGAGGACUUCCUGAAGAGAGUAACUUACGUCGGCAACUCCUUCCAGAUCUUCUAUGAUAACUGUGUGCCUCCUGGUAGUGAUAACAGUGCCCUGCAUUUGCCUUGAGAAAAAGAAAAUCAGGUGGUCCUAACAACAUUUAGCAGCUGAUGAGGGGUGAAUCAUUUAACGUAUAAGUAAUUUGAAGGUAUUUAUUCUGUAAUUUCUCUGUUGGUGCUUGAUUGCUGGUUUAAAUGUUACACAUUGAGGAAAAGUUAGUAGAUAGUGGGCGGUUUUCAUGAUGUGCCUCAGGUGUUCUUCACUUCAUUAUCCCCCCCAAACGGGUUGUUCACUAAAAUAAUAUGUACUUAUUUUAGAAAUUGCUUUUUCUGUAGCUUUAUCUUAGAGUAUACACAGUUAACAAUACAGUAUCAAAUAGUUAUAAAGAGGCUUAUUUACUAGCUUUUCAGAGAUUCUUUUGCAAAUGAAGACCUGAAAAUACGGUUAAAGACUCUUAAAAGCGACAAUUUGGACCUUUGAGCUUUGAUUUAAUGACAGUGUUCCCAUAUGUCAACGUUAAUCAUCCAUUGUAAUAACUGCUAAACAUUCUCUGAAAGAAGUAACGGUCUACAGCUUUGUUUUUACAAAUUUUAAAUGAAAUAUACUGUAGUAUUACUGGAAUUAUGUCAUUGAUGGUGCAUUACGACACUUUGGUGAUGUACGAAUGCAUCAUAAAACGGGUCAUAACCUCCGUGGUUGUACUCUUCAUUCACUUUAUCUCAUGUCAACUGAUCCUCUACAUAUUAACUGGGAUCUACACCUGCCUCUGAAGGCCUUUUGUUCAGCACAGACAGAUUAGACCAACAGUUUUACAUUUUCCUCAUGCAGCCUCUUAACUGCACUGCAUUUCUCUGCUCAGACAUUCAAAUACAGAACAUAGCAGGUCCACUUCUUUCCAUUUUUGAAGAGACUCACGGCUGAAUGAUAAUGUGCUUCCCAGCCGAUUACAAAACAGUAACUACUUUGCUUUAGCGUAUUUUUAGUGCUACAGUUUGACAGUGGUAGCUGGCUCUAAUUGGUCGUUCUGGCUUUAUAUGUGGUGGAGAGUGCCUUUUGUUUAUAUUUCAAUCUAAAGAUCUGCCAUUAAAUGUGAACUACAAAAGCCAAAUUGAGUUUAAAUCAGUGGGGUAUAACAAUAAAAAUUCUAGUGCAUCUUUCAGUACCUUUUCUUGUGACUUUUUCCAUUGGCAUUAUUAGUCAGGAUGAGGUGUUCUUAACUGUUUUGGUACAGCAGGUCACAUAUGGUACAGCAUUGAAACAUAAACCCAGAGAAAUAAUUUAAAACUAAAAGGGCAACCCCAGGUUGAAUAACAUGAUUAGUAACCACAUUUAGUUGGAGAGGGCAGCUGUAUCCUGCCAGCUGGCAUAUGCUGCUGCACCAGAUGGUCAGCUCAACAGUGCCUGUUUUGACCAGCAGCAGACUGAUAAGAGUCCAAAAUACAUAAGUCCAAGGAUAUUUUGCUGUGAUGACCAGUAGAGGGAGACAGUGUUAAUGCCAUCCUAAUUACAUCAUGUAGCCAGACACCUUCCUACAUGCAGGUUUCAAAAAAGGAACCCAGAUAUACCAGCUUCAUUAUUAAAUAAAUGUCUAAAACCUUCAUUAUGGAAUGAGAAAAACUAAAUAAGACACAUCAUCAUUCUAAUAAAAUGUUUUCAUGUAAGAAUUAUAGACACUGUACAUUAAACUUUCAACAAUUUUAAUUUCUCUUUUCAAGAAUGUUUCCAUUUCACACUGUGAGCCCAAAGCUAAAAAUAACUAGAAUGGAUCUUUCUGUACAAACCAGCAGCAGGGAUCGCUGUAUGUGUGAGCACCCUGACAGCAAAAGGUUUACUUAAAUCAUUUGUCAAAAUAUGCUGAAUCACUGCAGCACAGAAACAUUCAGAGCAAGUAAAAACAUUGUUUAAAAAAAAAAAAA